AUGUUCCUACGGCAAAAGGACGGAGGAGCGGGCACCGACGGUUGCGGCGAUCGUCGUUCGUGCGGCGGUGGUGGCGUGGGACGUCGCGCGCCAAGCCUCCGCCUAGCGAACGGCCGGGUGGCAGCGGCGCAGUCCGAGGAGGAGAUCAGGUCGCCGCCGCCACGCCGUCUUGCAAAAGAUGACUCGAUCAAGAUCAGCAUCGAGAACACCAACACCUGCACCGACUCGCUGGGCAGCGGUAAAGUUCACUUCGGCGUGGACGAUGUGUCGCUGUACGGCACCCCGAAGGAGGAACCCGGGCCGACGCCACUGGGUUCUGCCGAAGCGGGAAAACAGAGCUUCAUCAAGAACCAACUGCAGGCCCUCUUUCAGCCCACCGACAACAAGCUGGCCAUGAAACUGUUUGGGUCCAAGAAGGCGCUGAUGAAGGAACGGAUACGACAAAAAGCGGCUGGACAUUGGGUCAUACAUCCGUGUUCCAGUUUUCGGUAA